AUGACGGUCGGCAACGAAGUGAAACUGGUGAUUUUCGACAAAGAUGGUACCUUGGUCGAUUUUCAUCGUAUGUGGCUACCAUGGGCCGCCAAUACGGUACAACUACUAGAAAGAGCCACAGCACGACCUGUCGGACCAGCCGUCUACAAGACUCUUGGGGUGGAUCCUAUUCAAGGCAGGAUGACGGUCGGCAACGAAGUGAAACUGGUGAUUUUCGACAAAGGAUGGUACCCUGGUCGAUUUUCAUCGUAUGUGGCUACCAUGGGCCUGCGAAUACGGUACAACUGUGAGUGCACUGGCAUUAUGGUUGGAGUUGGAUUUUAUGAAAGUGAUAUCAAACUCGGAUUUUUAGACUAG